CCCGAUGGGACAUGCCCCAGAGCCGCUCGGCCACCUGAAGACCCCAGGAAGGAUGGAGGUGCCCAAUGCCAAGCCCCGGCGAGCUGCUUGCCUCCUCCUCCUGCUCCUGUUUUGCUCCCUGGCUGCUGCCCGGCAGAGCUUGCCCCACUGCUGCCAGCAGAAGACCUGCUCCUGCCGUGUCUACGACCUCCUGCACGGCAUGGGCAACCACGCCGCUGGCAUCCUCACGCUGGGCAAGAGGAAGAGCGUCCCCCUGGCCUUCCAGAGCCGGCUCUACCGCCUGCUCCACGGCUCCGGCAACCAUGCUGCGGGCAUCCUCACGAUGGGCAAGCGCGGGCAGCACCCUGGCACCGCCUGCCGCGACACUUUGGGCUGCCCUGCGGGCACGGUCGCCCAGCCGACAGCGGUGCCGCGAGGUGCUGACAGCGGCCCCGACGGCCCCAGGGAGUGCCAGGGACACUCAGGGAAGGACCUGAGCACGAGCCAGGCCCAGGGAGCUGCAAGGAGCUUUUACUGAACGGGAUGGGGGCGGCGCGACAGGGAGGGGAUCCCUGGCAGGACGGACUCCGGGGACACACAGCCGGAGCUCAGUGUAAAUAGCACUUUUAGAUACCUCCUCCCAGCCCUGGCCCUGGCCCAGCCUGCUCAGGGCACCGCGGGCACCGCGGCCUUUUACAAUAAACGGUAGCCUGAUGUCA